AUGGCUGGAACGACUACACAGGAGAGCUUCCUCGAGAGAGCGAAUAUCUCGGGCCUGGAUCAUCGAAUCCGCUCGCGUACGGGUCCUAAUAAUAUUUUCGUGGCUACAACUAAUUCUCAUAGCAAUGUCCCAGUGCAUCAGCAAAACUACUUUCCGACGGACAUGAUCUUGGAUCCACAGCUCAUGGGUCUCGACAUGGGCAUCAUUGACGCCAACUUCAACUUCAUGCUACCUGUAACGACAGAACAGCAGGCCAAUUCUUCUGAACUGGCGCAUUCGAUCGAAAACUCCCAGUAUCUAGGGAUACCGAUGGAUAGUUCACAAGACGAGUCUUCCGUAACACCCGAUGUUAUUUGUUCCAGCCAAUCCAAUUCCACGCCAGAAACUGUGCCGGACGUCGACGACACAGAAGAGGGAGCGCAGGAAGAAGAAGAAAGCUUGUUCGUGACAGAUCAGGACGAAAUCACAGUACACUAUGGUAUGCUCCACAACGUCGAAGUAAAACUGGUUCCGGACGACAUGUCAUCCUUCGACGAUCGACUAAAGACAGGCGACUCACCGUACCAAUACUUCAAACCUACGGAAUACCAAAAGCAAGUGAUGCUUUGUUUUCCAGAGGAUGAGAAGCACUUUGGGCAUCUAUCCUCUGCAGCUGGGCAAACUCUUAUGCCGCUGAUCACCCGUCCGCGAGUAGAGGUUGCGCCUUUAGCAUUGAAGAUCGACUUGAGAGAGAUUAUUCACCGCGCGAACAAAUCUGCCGAUGCACGGGUAAAAGUCGACAUCAACAUUUAUGGACCAAGAUCUGUGGGGACGUCUAUUGGGGAGGUUCUCUCAAACGGGAAGCUAUGGCUGCAACGAUCGAGCCAUAGUAAAAACGGAACGGAAUACGAUAACCCACAUUUUCUAAGCAUUACUGUCGCCGACGGGCACAACGGGCUGGUCCAAAAUGAGGUCGUUGCCUCCAAUGGACCAACAAAGAAAAAGACACGGGAGGAGCAACUUCGAAAGAUGGUAGAAGAAGUCUACAACGCAGUGGACAAUACACGAGAACUGGAGCUCGUCGAAGGAGGUGACAGAGUCACCCGCCAACUUCUCAGUCGUCGUCUCGGCCGCGCACAUUUGCAGACUGGUCUCAAGAUCGUCAAGUAUCAUGGAGACCGACGGCCCAAGGAUCUCUCCGAACUCAACAUGGUAGAAGACUCAGAUAUUGUGGUCACGACGUACCACACACUUACUACUGAGUAUUUGAUAGGCAAGGGAAAGACUUCGCCGUUGUACAAGCUCGGUUGGUAUCGGGUUGUUCUUGACGAAGAAACACCAUUCGGCAAUUCCUACGACGAUCUCACUCUAGUCAAGGAUCGUCUGGUUAUGCUUCUUGAGGCCUUGUGUCUGCGCCGUACUCGAGAGGUUCUGGACCUUCCAAAAACACGUCAAUUCGUGCGUCAUCUCAAUUUCACCAAGCCGGAGAGGGAUCAGUACGAAAGAACAAGAAAUAUCAUUAUGCGAAACAUGGAACACCGUAUGGGAGAAGUGGAGAAGAGUUCGCAGUUUGGUAUGUUCCAGAUGUGGCUUCAAUUACGUAUCGUUUGCAACCACGGAACGUAUCAAAAGCUUUUCUCGUGGCAUCGAAGGAACCUACUAGAGGAACGAGAAGCUAUUGUUGGAACCGCUGGUCAAUAUGGGGAGAUGUUAUGUGUCGGCUGCGAGCAACCGAUGCCAGUUCUUGGACACGAUUGGUCGAAGAAAAUGUUUGAAGAUGGAUGUUCUCACGUUCUAUGCACAAAAUGCAUCGAAGACUCGCAGUUUUCUGAGCUCGAAAUUUCACAAAGACGUUGUCCCGUCUGUGUGCGGUGGUAUCAGGCGCCUUCCCCUGCAGGGGAUGAGGAGGAUGGUACAUCUCGACGCAAGCGAAAGAGAAAUGCGACGACAAAGGACGAUCACGAACAUUAUUUCAACGCCGAGGGUCAUUCGACUAAAAUUCGAGCACUCGUUGAAGAUGUGCGGAAGGAUUUAUGGACGACCAAGAGGAGCGUUCGGGAUAUAAAGCAGCAACAAGAGUACAAGAAGCAAAUUGCAGCACUUGGCUUCGAAGAAGAGAUGGAUUAA